AUGAAGCUGUACAUUAUUUUAUUGCUAUUUUUCGCACCAGGAGUCGUCAGCUGGCCAAUGUAUUGGGGUGGCCCUCCACCUCCAAUGUGGGGCUGGGGUCGCCCUCCCCCACCUCCGAUGUACUACUAUCGACCGCCGCCUCCACCCUACUACUACCGUAGUCCGGUCGGCAGCUUCUUGCAAGGGGCGCUGGUUGCUGUCGAUGGCCAGACAUCCGCAUCUGAUGACCGUAUCCUCGGCCUCUUGGCCUCAGAAAUUAGCCGCCUCACCAACGUGGCAAUCCUCUUUACGUGCCACACGAAAAAGAUUGCCUCCGUCAGCCCUCAAAUCCGGAGCACUGUGCUGUACACGGUGGUGCUGGAGCCGAUGUCGGAAAUGCAUAGGAAGGAGUUCUUUGCCAAGAAUAUGCCAAGAUUGACUUGCCCUGAGAAAGCGGCAGCAUCGACUACGGGCUUCGUCGUUGCCGAGCUGAACGCGUUGACCUACGAUGCGCGGUGUCGAGCGGCUGAGGAGGGGAGUUGGCCAGACGUCGAAUGGGCCAUCGACAAGCGAAAUUCGAGCUUUGCCGACGCGAUUGGAGCACCGAAAAUCCCUACCGUAGCCUGGGAGGACGUGGGAGGACUCGACGAGGCCAAGCAGCUCAUCAGGGAGAGUCUGGACAACAACUUAAGAGCUACGGGAGGGCUGCGGAGGAGUGGGAUUAUUCUGUAUGGACCGCCGGGAUGCGGAAAGACGCUUCUCGCGAAAGCCGUCGCCACCGAGUACAAGAUCGCCUUCCUCUCCGUCAAGGGCCCUGAGCUGCUCAACAAGUACGUCGGGCAGAGCGAGGAGAACCUCAGAAACGUGUUCGAACGCGCGCGCGCCGCCGCUCCGUGCGUCAUCUUCUUCGACGAGCUCGACUCGCUGGCGCCGAAUCGAGGGCGAGCCGGGGAUUCUGGAGGGGUGAUGGAUCGGGUGGUCUCGCAGUUAUUGGCAGAAUUGGAUGCGUUACACCACGCUACGAAUAAGGUCUUUGUCAUGGCAGCCACGAAUCGUGCCGACCUGCUCGACCCCUCCCUCCGCACCCCCGGCCGCUUCGACAAGGCCAUCAACGUGCGCGUCGGAAAUGACGCCAUCUCCAGGGCGCACAUCUUGCGCGCGGUGGCGCGCAAGACGCCGCUUGCGCGUGACGUCAAGUUGGACGAAAUUGCCCGGGUUUGCCCGGACGAGAUGUCGGGCGCCGAGCUGUACUCGGUGAUUUCGAACGCGACGAUGAGCGCGCUGCGCGAGGCGGUUUUUGCGAUACAGCGUGGUGAAGCCACCGAGGAAAACGCCAAUGUUCUCGUCCACCGACGGCACCUCCUCGAGGCCGUCGAGUACAACCACAUCCCGAUGAGCUUGAUAUGCCUGGUGGGGAUCCCGGCAUCCGGCAAAACCACUCUGGCCCAACGCCUCGCUUCUGCCCUCCCUCAAUUCCGCGUCUUUGAGUUUGAUGAGCACACGCCCGGGCCCAGCUACCAUCAAUUUCGCAAGGAGCGCCUCGCAGAAGUGGAGGCGCAUCUCCAAUCUUCGGCUCGCUCUUCCGAAGCCCUUCUCAUCGAUGACACCUGUCAUCUACAAAGUAUGCGGCGCCCGUACGCACGAUUGGCACGCCGAUUCGCGCUUCGAUUCGCCGAAAUCUACGUCGAAUGCGAUUUGGCGACGGCGUUGGCUAGGAAUUCGAGGCGCCAAAGUGUCGGUCGAUUAGAGGAAGCGACGAUUCAACGGGUCCACGAGAGGCUCGAGAUUCCGGAGGACGCAUUUCGAUUCACUGGCAUCAAUUUCGAAGAUUUGCUGGCAUUUUUGAGACGGCUGGAGUCGAAAGAGCCACCUUUGAGGCCGAAAUCUACUUCCGCCUCUGUUUCGAGCCCGGGCCCCGAUUUCCCGCUUGAUGUACUGUCGCGAAACGCCGUAGCCGAGUUGAAGCGGCAGAUGCCCAACUCGGACGGCCGUUUGCUGAGCCGCAUCCGGCGCGAGUUUAGAAGCGGAAUGAACGCCGACGAGCUCUUCAACAUAGAAGGCGUGCCCUGCUACGUCGUGUUCACCGCCGACGGGCCCAUCGAAGGGGGCGACCCCGAUGCGUACUUCCAGCGGCGCAGCAGCGGGAUAAUAGCCGACAUCCACGACGCGCUCGAGGAGGCCAAGGAGAACCUGGUCGCCCACAACACCUCGGCCAACGUCAUCGAGCUGGAAAUCGUCGACAAGGAGCCGGAGGCCGACAAGGAGGCCGAGGAGCUGCCGCUGCUGGAGCGCACGAUGAACGAGGAGGUCGAAGCGGAAGCAGGAGGGCUGAGCGGCAUCGCAAAGCAGAUGGCGCAGCUCUCGAUGUUUGGCAACGAGCCGAAGCGUGUCCGCCGCUCGCAGAUGGAGUUCCAGGCGAUGGUCAAGGAGAAGGAGGCAAAAGAAGAAAAGAAAACGGAGGACCGCGGCAACACCUACAAUCUGCGCCCACGCAGCAGCUCCAACACGCGCGCCGGCUCCUCCUCGCAGCAGCAAAGCCAAAUUCCAACUCCCCGCGGCCGCUCUCGCUCCAUCUCGCAGACGCGCCUCGCCCAGCCCCGUGCUCCAUCCAUCGAAGGGCGUCGCCAGCUGCGUCAGCCGUCUCCAGUGCCCCGCCGCGCCCCAUCGCCUUCCAUCGCCAGCACGCAGUCAACAUCGCGACGUUCGGCUUCUCCGGCUUCUCGUCGCGCUCCAUCACCUGCUCCAGUCGUUCGCCGGGCGCCGUCUCCUGCUCCUCUCGCUCGUCGGGCCCCGUCUCCAGCGCCGCUUGCCCGAGGUCGGGCACCAUCUCCAGCCGCACAGCGCCGCGCCCCAUCGCCGGCCGCCCGUCCAGUCAAGCCUGUGGUCGGGAAGCGCGUGCCAGGGCCAUCUACCACUGCUGCCGGGCCCUCGGGAAGCCGUCAAGUUAUCGUCGAGCGCCAAUCGCGCCCUCUUCUGCCAAAACGUCUUGCCGGCCCGCCUGCUGCCCGCCCGGUAGCCGCCGUUGCCGUUGCAGCCGGUGGCAGCGCUCCGGUGGCCCGUCAAGUUCGCGUCCCGCUUCGCCGUUCCGUGCAAGUCGCCCCCACGCGCCCCGCCCAGCCCAUCCAGCAAGCCGCCGCGGCCCGAUCGUCGUACCCGCCGCCCGAAGGCGCCGGCACCAAGCCCGUCGCGUCGGCCGACACCACGCCCCGCUCGAUCAGCAGCUGGGUCGAGCGCCUCUCGCAGCCCAAGUUGACGCCGGCCGUCAUCGCAGCCCGGGAGCGCCGCCGAACCGCUGAUGUUGCUGGGCCCUCACGCGCCACUACUACUGCCACCGGGGCCGCGCCACGCAUCGGGAUGCGCGCUGGUGCCGCGCCCGCCCGGAAGCCAUCGACGACGACUACUCGAGCCACCGGUGCUGCUGCGGCUCAGCCGCCGGCCCGCGAGGAGCCCAAGGAGGACAAGGACGAGACGAAGGAGGACGACGACACCGCCCAGCAAAAA